AUGUCUCCAUUUUCCACCGAGUGGCGCGCGUCUCGAUCUAUCUAUCUAUCUAUCUAUCUAUCUAUCAGUCCCAUUCCUAAUAAAACUUUGCCUGUUCGUAUCUAUCUAUCUAUCUAUCUAUCUAUCUAUCUAUCUAUCUAUCAAGAGAAGAUAAUUCAUAACGAACUACCAAUUAGCUCACGUUCCUGUCGGCUGUUAAUUAGACUUCGUAAAUCGACGAGAUGUGAGAUGGGCACAGUUAAGUCGACCAAGGUUGGUGUACGAAAGAAAAGCGAGAGGAUUUUGCCAAAGACUUUUUCAUUAUUGCAUUGCACCAAUCUUUCUCGUGGCUGUCAUGCCUGCCUUCUAUCUAUCUAUCUAUCUAUCUAUCUAUCUAUCUAUCUAUCUAUCUCCGUUUGUUCCUUUUUAUCUAUCUAUCUAUCUAUCUAUCUAUCUAUCUAUCUAUCUAUCUAUCUAUCUAUGUCUAUUCUUUAUCGAUUUAUCGAUCUAUGUCUUUCAACACUUACAGAUCACGCCACUUCUUUCUUUCUUUCUUUCUUUCUUUCUUUCUUUCUUUCUUUCUUUAGUUGUAAUUUUUAUUCUGGUCGUCUGUAUCGACCUCAUUAUGUUUCUCCUUUUCUUUUCUUUUUUCUCUUUAUUUGCCCAACUUGUCUUCUUUUUCUCUCUUUCUCAAUUCCCCCCCCCCUUGAUUACACUUCUUUUUUUAUCAGUAUGUCUUUUCGUUGCUUUCAUUCUUUCCUUACUGCUAGCCUUUUUUCUUUUUUUCUUUUUAUUGUGGUCCCAUUCUUAUUGUACGAUUAA